CGACAUACAAGACAAUUCCAUCCUCCGGCGGGGUAUCCCAGUGGCCCAUUCCAUCUACGGCGUGGCUAGCACAAUCAACGCAGCUAACUACGUCAUGGUCAUAGCUUUGGAGAAGAGCCUGGAGUUGGGUCAUCCUUUGGCCACUGUGGUGUAUACCGAGCAAUUAUUGGAACUGCACAGAGGGCAAGGUCUAGAAAUCUACUGGAGGGACAACUUCCAAUGUCCGUCUGAAGAGGAGUACAAGGAAAUGACCAUCAAAAAAACCGGCGGGCUUUUCAUGCUUGCCAUAAGACUGAUGCAGCUGUUUAGCGACAACAAGUCUGACUUUAGCCGGUUGGCGGCCAUCUUCGGCUUGUACUUCCAGAUAAGGGAUGACUACUGCAACUUAUGCUUACAAGAGUACUCAGAGAACAAAAGUUACUGCGAGGAUCUGACUGAAGGCAAAUUCAGUUUCCCCAUCAUCCACGCCAUAAGGAACCAGAAGGGCGACAACCAAGUGCUUCAUAUACUCCGCCAGCGGACUCGCGAUGUAGAAGUGAAGCGAUACUGCAUAUCGCUUCUAGAACGACUGGGCAGUUUUGCGUACACCCGUGAUACGCUCACCGAGCUCGAUGCACAGGCUAGGGCUGAGGUGGCAGCACUGGGCGGCAACCCUUACUUAGAAGCGCUCCUCGACGACCUCUUGAGCUGGCGGCGAGACAAACAGCACGACGACACCCUCCCAAACAACAUUUAAACUACCCUCAAAACUUCGUUUCGCUUGAAUCAUUUCUUCUAGCAUAAUAUUAGAGGUUAGUAUUAACUUAAAUACCUCUUUGAAAUCAGAUUAUGGUAGAUUAGCCCCAUCCUACGGCCGGGUAAAUAAUGUGCAAGUUUAGUAACAAAGACUCAUAUUAUUAUGUGUAAAGAUAUGAGAUUACGACCAAAUUGCAAUAUUGCCGGUACUCGUUUGUCAUGUCAUAAAGAAGUAUAGAUUAAGGAUUCUUUUUAAUUAAAGCAGUCAAAGUUACAAGGCUUGAAACAUUCGUAUUUGAACUCCAGUUAAAAAUUUAAAAUUCAACCUCAAUGGUGGUUUAUUGUUUGGUUUUUCACUAAAAGCAUUGGGUCCAAAUGUUUGUUUAUUUUCUCUCGAAUGAACAAUGUAGAAUAACAUGAGGCAUAGACUUCUGUCCGCAAAAAAUAUUGCGAGACACAUUACACGCUCAAAAAUUGUGUUACAAAUAUAUUCAGAUAUUGACAGCCGAUAGUCAAGUUUCAUAUUAACAUAAUAAUAAAAAUGUAAAUUGGAAUAUGAUUGUCAGUAGAUAACCGGGUGCCAGGAUCCUUGGAUAAUAAUAAGUUCACAAUGUUGGAAAUUCCGUAGCUAAUUUUCACUUGUUAAAGUGUUUUUCUGUAGAUGUUUGUUGUUACAAGAUUUUUCUUAAUGUGUAAACUUCUCAUUGUACUGUUUAACAUGUGUAUUGUGUAAUUUGUUAGUUAAUUGAUUUUACACGAAUCAUUAUUUGUCAUAUUAUUUAUUCUCAUGAUACUAAAACAUUA